AGAUGUCGAAAAGAAAAACUAGCGACCAGGAGUGGAGUAUAUCAUAAAGGACAAUCGCUAAAAAUAAAUACAUUAUGUGCUAGCACCCACAUCAAAAAGCCAUCAAUCGUGUCGUUCGUCCUCUUCCUCACAUGUCACCCCCAAUCCGAUCUCAUCGUGGUCGAGCUUGACUCCAACAUGUUUAAAUUUCGGCAUCCAUCACCCUGGAUAGCAGGCUCGCGGGAUAGCUUGAUAGAUACGCUGUGGUAGACAUUCCGACCAAAGGGGGGCUCAUAUCCGCUCAUUGAGUUGUCGUACUAGUGCUAUAUGCGUAUCGAGAGGGACGAUCCUGAUAGUGUACAUCAAGAUCCGUGUCAAGUCUGUCUGUGCUCGCAGUACCUGCAAGAUUUUGCGAUUCGUUCAAGAUCCAAGACCUGCCUGGUGCUCAAACAUGUUGGUAGUCGGGCCGUCGUACUGUUCGCACCUUGUCAUGUCUUCGUUUCUCAUGCUGCAUGCGACAUCGGCAAUCAUUUCCUGCCGGCCGAGGUGUGUUCGUCGCAAUCAUUCGUUCUUUGUCAUCCAAUCCUUCCUUCAUUCAUUCGAUCAUCAAACUUGCUUAUCAUCCUCCCAACGUUCCUUGUUAUCGGCCCUUCUCGAGAUACUGCUUCGCCAACUGCGCCAAGAGAGGCUUCGCCACGGGCUCGACCGAUUUCCAUCCCUUCUGGCCCUUCUCGAGCAUGUUGUUCAUGUCCAUCUUGGGAAGGCCUGGCCCUCCACGCGGCCGUCCUUGGUCGCGACUGGACCGAGCAGGUCGGUCUUCGGCACGGCGCCGUUCGCGUCGGGGCUCACGACCGUCGGUGCGGUAUCCUCGGUCGUGGUGGUCGUCGUCGCGCGUUCGGCGAGGUGGACGAUCGGUGCCGUAACCAUCGUUUUGACGGCUUGAGCGCUCGGGCCGAUGGCGAGAUGGACGCUCGUAUUCCGGCUCAGAGUGGUCGGCGUGUUGAGAGCGGCGAGGUCGAUGGUCGUCACGGCUGCUACGCAAGGCGUCUGGACGGCGAGGUCGAGCGUCUGAGCGGUCGUAACGGUCGGAUUCGCGGGUCGACUUGCUUCGGCGCGGGAUCUCGGCAGGGGCGCGCUGGCGUGUUUCUGGCGGUGGUUUGCUUCGCGUACGACGAUGCGCACCGCUUUCCCUUCGUCGUGGGAUCACAUCAUCUUCGUCGCUUGCGUCGUAUCCGUCACGGCGGCGGUGACUGGUUCUCCCAGACCCGCUGUGCCCACUACGUGAGUGAUAUCCUUCGUCGGCAUGUGAGCGCCGCCUCGAUGGCAGGUCAUCUGGAUAUCGGCUCAUCUUCGUUCAGCGACCCGUGCGCAGAUGAUGUGGUAGGGUGCAGGCACAGAUGGGUAUGUUCGGGCGUGUCGCAAUCAAGAGUGAUGAGUGAAUGGCGUCGUGGGCGUAGUGCCGCAAGUAGGAUGAGUAUGUUUCAGCGUCGCGCAGAGUUCUGGUGACCUGUGGAUUGAAUGAUCACGAGUCGGCCGGGCGGCGUGGGCUGCUUAUAUCGAAAAGUAUACAUUCUAGAAUGCGGUAUGAUAAAGAAGAGGUCGGGGUGGGGAAGGACGAGUUUCGCACCGACGUCAUCGCUGUGGGAUCAUUCGGAGGAAUGUGAUUGAUAGACAUGGAC